UAGGCAACCAGAACUGCGUCUUUGGAGGUGUUAAACAGCAGGGUUAGAAGUUGUAAUUAAAACAUUAACGCCGUCGUUUAGCGGCUGCAGGAUUUCAAAGUCCAAAGCAAGAACCAUGCAAGAUCCUGGAAAGAAGAAUUUGGCCAAUAGAAGGGUGUUCGUAACAGCAAAAUACGUGGAUUCUGACCAAGAUGAAAACGAGGAGAAAAUCAAUAAUAACGUUCCGAAAAAGACUGCAGCUCUUUCUGACCAUGACACCCGGGUUUUAAGAACCAAGCUACACAUUGUGCAAGAAGAACUUGAUCUGCUUUCCACUGAAUAUCAUAAUCAGAAUGAUGAAUUUGAUAAGCUUUUUGCAACAAAUAAGAGGAUGGCCGACGAUCGAGCCAAACUGCAGAAGACCAUUUAUGUCCAGAAAAUACAAAUUGAGGAGCAGAAAGCUUCGAUUAAAGAUCUUGCCCACAAAUGUCAUGAUCUCCGUCUGCAAGUGUAUGACUUAAGCAAGCUGGUUAAAGGUUAUGAUGAGGAAGUGGAGAAGAUGAACUGCCAACUGACUGCAGCCAAUCUGGUGAAGAAGAAGAAGAUUCUGAGCAGUGAAGAAAAUCUAAAUAUAGAAAAUCUACUGGCUGAGAACCAAAACCUUAAGAAGCAAAAAUAUGACCUUAUUUUGGGUUUCAAGAAGCAAACCAAGCUGAUCGACAUUCUGAAAAGACGGAUAAUGCACCUUGAGGCAGCAAAGCUGCUGUCCUUCACGGAGGAGGAGUUCAUCAAGACCAUGCUGGAAACACAAUAAACAUGAUCCUCACUGUC